UUUUUUUCUCAUGCCGUGAUCUCAAGAACAAAUGUUUAGAACACAUUUCGAAGUGUUUCGAACUAGUUGACUUAUUUUACCGCGUAAUUUCGUAGACCGUAAUUUGAAUGUUCGAUUCUUUAGUCAAAUUGAAAAGCAUCACAAACCAAAAUGAACAGAAUAUAAAAUGAGUUCUAUUGAUGAACCAGCCACAACUGUGGCAGCAAAAACUAUAAGUGCCAUAAAUAGAGAUACGGUUCAUAAAAUAUGCUCGGGUCAGGUCGUAUUAAGUUUGGCUAUCGCUGUGAAAGAAUUGGUUGAAAAUGCUUUGGAUGCUGGAGCAACAUCGGUUGAAGUAAAAGUGCGUGAAAAUGGACUGGAAUCGAUUGAAGUAUCGGAUAAUGGUAGUGGCGUUGAGGAAAGCAACUUCAAAGGAUUAACGGCCAAAUAUCACACGUCAAAAUUACGAGAAUUCGAUGAUCUGGAAAGUGUAGCUACGUUCGGCUUCAGAGGUGAGGCUCUGAGCUCUCUCUGUGCUUUGUCCGAUAUGACAAUCACCACGAAACACCACUCUGUCAAUGUGGCCACCAAAUUGGAGCUGGACCACAACGGGAAUAUUAUGAAACAAACUUCAUGCGCCAGACACACUGGUACCACAGUCACGCUGACCAAUCUCUUUGCUUCCAUACCGGUUCGAAAACGUGAAUUUCAACGAAAUAUUCAGAAGGAAUUUGUUAAAAUGUGCCAAAUUAUGCAGGCAUAUGGCCUAAUUUCGUACGGCAAACGCAUUGUUUUGAUCAAUCACACGGGUAAAAACGGAAAAUCCAAUAUUAUGACAACACACAGUUCGUAUUUGCUUCGUGAAAAUAUUGUGGCUAUAUUUGGUUCCAAGCAAAAUGCCAAUUUACUCGAAAUUCGACCGCCCAUCGAACAGAAUGAAGUGCUCACCCAGGAUGUUUUGAAAAGUCUGGACGCUUCCAUAAAUGUGGCCGAUGAAGAGCUGGAUAAUUUAGGAUUGAAUCGAUUUCAAUUCGAUGGUUACAUCUCAAGCUGUGGCCACGGCUGCGGACGAAGUGCAAAAGAUCGACAAUUCUUCUUCAUCAACGGGAGACCGUGCGACCCAAAGACAAUCAUCAAAUUGGUGAACGAUGUGUAUCACCGGUAUAACCAGCAUCAAUAUCCAUUUGUCGUGAUCAAUGUAAUUAUGGAACGGCGAGAUGUUGAUGUCAACGUAACACCAGAUAAGCGACAAGUCAUGGUGAACAAUGAAACCAUUCUGCGGUUAGCGUUGAAGAAAAGCCUUUUGAAGACAUUCGGAAAUAUCCCAUCCACAUUUAAAGUGGAAAAUCAAACAUUGCCUAGUCUAUUGGCAUACAAACAGAACAAAAGUGGAAACAAUCGUUCUGCAGCGGCCGAAGAAAGUCCAUCAGAUGCUUCAUACAUCAAUGAUGAUGACUCUGAUAUUACGGUCUAUACUGAAAAAGGAAAUGCCAGCAAGUUUGCCAGUAUGCUAUCGCAAUGGCGUGCAACAGGCCGAACAGAUGAAUCAUGUUCGCAAAACACAAAGAAACGCAAACAUGAAUCGGCGGAUGAAAUUCUUGCGCGUAACUUGAAAAUGAAGAAAAUCCAUGAAUAUUUGUCACAAGACACUGUGCAAACGGAAACGAAUUUUGUGAGCUAUGAAUCGGAACCGGACUCAGAUGAUGAUGAGCCAAAUACAAAAUCUAGUUUUACCAAAGUGAAUGAUUCUGAGAGUGGAAGUGAUGCUGUGUUCAAGCGGUCAAUCAAUGAUGUGAUGGAAACCGAUUCAUUCGAGGAUACUGAGAUGCUGAAAAACAACAAUUCAUUUGAUGCGGAGAUGUCGCCUGUAGCUAAACCACCCGAACGUGACUAUCGAAUCGAUUGCAAGGUAAAAGCGAUUAACACGCCGAAUCGAAUGCUCAAAACAUACACACCAAGCAAAGACAUCCAUGCGCUGGUAAAGAGGUUUAAAAUGGGCCAGACCGACGAAGGACACACGAGCAGCUUUACAUGCCAGCUCGAAGAAGCCAGUAGUUCCGAAGCCGGAAAAGAAAUAAAACCAGAAAUAGCAGAAGAGGAAAUAUUUGACGAUGAAUUGGAUGAUGAAACCAGUGGAUCUCAGCCGAAAAAAAUUGCCACCAUUUCUACAUCGAUAGCCGAGAUUGGAGCGUUCAUGGAAAAAGAAAUUGAACUGGAGGCGCGUGCCAGCACAGCGUCCAUGUUGAGCCGAAUGAAAUUCAAAACGAAAAUCGAUCCAAAGCAAAACCAGUCGGCCGAAAACGAGCUGAAAACGGAAAUUUCGAAAAAGGAUUUUGUCCGUAUGGAAAUCAUUGGGCAGUUCAAUUUGGGCUUUAUAAUUGUUAAAUUGGAUGAAGAUUUGUUCAUCGUCGAUCAACAUGCCACCGACGAAAAGUACAACUUUGAAACGCUGCAAAAAACAACAGUAUUAAAUCAUCAACCGUUGGUUGUGCCCCAGGAUCUGGAUAUGACGGCUGUUAACGAAAUCAUUGUGAUGGACAAUUUGAAAGUAUUCGAAGAUAAUGGCUUCCGUUUUGAUAUUGACAUCGGGAGGCCGGUGACGAAACGCGUAAAAUUGAUAGCGAAACCAUUCAGCCGCAACUGGGAAUUCGGAAAGGAAGACAUUGACGAAUUGGUAUUUAUGUUACAUGAAGGAACAAGUGAUGCGACCUAUUUGGAUACCUGCCGACCAUCUCGUGUUCGAGCGAUGUUUGCGUCACGGGCAUGUCGAUCGUCUGUGAUGAUCGGUACAUCGCUGUCGCGAACCGAUAUGCGACGUUUGAUUGAUCACAUGGGUACCAUUGAUCAACCGUGGAAUUGCCCACACGGCCGUCCAACCAUUCGUCAUUUGCUAAAUUUAGAGAUGUUGAACAUCACUGAUGACCAGGAUGAUAACGGCAACCAGUCUACAAGCGAUUAGAUGUGCAAGUUGCAUAAUCAAAAAACAAACACUUAAUGCAUAAGAUUAAAAUGAAAACAAGACAUUUUUUUUAUGAUUUGAUAUAUUAUGAUAAAAUAGACGUGUAAGCCAGGUUAAUCAGAAAUUCAAAACAUUCGAUAUUUGUUUUUGUUUUUAAAAAAGAUUACAUUUAUAUUAUGAUACUAUUUUCUGGCGGCCCUGAGUUUUGCCAAUUCUAAACCUUCCCAUUGGCCUUUCUUGACGCAAAAACUGUAAAAAGGAACACAAACACACAUUCAUAAUGAAUAAAAGUAAAAGACAAAAA